CCUGCAAAGAGCGGGUGUGCUUCCACACUCUCAUCCCUCCUGACCACGGCCUGCUCUCAGUAGCCAUAUUUCCAGCCCCAGGGCAUCCCAGACUAAGCUCAGGCUGCUAGCCCUUUAAACCCGACCUGCGAGGGAGACGACGUGGAACCACAGAACAAGCGGUGUCAGCCACGUGGUACGAGGAAGCGUUCAUGUUGGAACUGGGCAAAGCCUAUUUCCACUCUGAGCUGCACAAUAUGAUUGUUUCGAGAGUAUCCACUUUUCUUGUAUUUUCUUCAGUUGAGUUUCCACAACGCUAAUGGUACCGCUCUUUUAGAACUAAAGCUUUGUUUAAUAUAACUCCACCGGUCCGGUUCCGGUGCCCGUUUUAAAAAUGGUGCUUCGGUCUUCAGCAGCGAUCGUUCUUUCGCAAUUAAGAUCCGGGUGGAAACAAUGGGUAGGUGCAACGGGGCAGAGCCGAGGUUGCUUCCUAAGAGCUUCUUGCUGGUCAGGAGGGAGGGUCAGGUCCUAGCUGGGUUUUGUUCCCGCUGGCUCCGGAGUCCUCUGCGUGUAGGGAGCCGCACUGCCGGCUGCCGAGGCCUCGGGAUUGUUCCCGGCUUACCAGUUAGCUGAGUAGGCGGCGGAGCGGCGGCCACCGGAGGGUCACCAUGUGGGCCUUCCCGGAGUUGCCCCUGCCGCUGCCCCUGCUGGUGAAUUUGAUCGGCUCGCUCUUGGGAUUUGUGGCUACCGUCACCCUCAUCCCUGCCUUCCGUAGCCACUUUAUCGCCGCGCGCCUCUGUGGCCAGGACCUCAACAAGCUCAGCCAGCAGCAGAUCCCAGAGUCCCAGGGAGUGAUCAGCGGUGCAGUUUUCCUUAUCAUCCUCUUCUGCUUCAUCCCUUUCCCCUUCCUGAACUGCUUCGUGGAGGAGCAGUGUAAGGCAUUCCCCCACCAUGAAUUUGUGGCCCUGAUAGGUGCCCUCCUUGCCAUCUGCUGCAUGAUCUUCCUGGGGUUUGCCGAUGACGUCCUCAAUCUGCGAUGGCGCCACAAGCUGCUGCUGCCCACAGCUGCCUCACUACCUCUCCUCAUGGUCUAUUUCACUAACUUUGGCAAUACAACCAUCGUGGUGCCCAAGCCCUUCCGCUGGAUUCUGGGCCUGCAUUUGGACUUGGGGAUCCUGUACUACGUCUACAUGGGGCUGCUUGCAGUGUUCUGUACCAAUGCCAUCAACAUCCUGGCAGGCAUUAAUGGCCUAGAGGCUGGUCAGUCACUAGUCAUCUCUGCUUCUAUCAUUGUCUUCAACCUGGUGGAACUAGAAGGUGAUUAUCGAGAGGAUCAUGUCUUUUCCCUCUACUUCAUGAUACCAUUUUUUUUCACCACCUUGGGAUUGCUGUACCAUAACUGGUACCCAUCUCAAGUGUUUGUGGGAGAUACCUUCUGUUACUUUGCGGGCAUGACUUUUGCCGUGGUGGGAAUCUUGGGACACUUCAGCAAGACCAUGCUGCUCUUCUUUAUGCCACAAGUAUUCAAUUUCCUCUACUCACUGCCUCAGCUCUUUCAUAUCAUCCCCUGCCCUCGACACCGAAUGCCCAGACUCAACGCAAAGACAGGCAAACUGGAGAUGAGCUAUUCCAAGUUCAAGACCAAGAGCCUCUCUUUCCUGGGCACCUUUAUUUUAAAGGUAGCAGAGAACCUCCGGUUAGUGACAGUUCACCGAGGUGAGAGUGAGGACGGUGCCUUCACUGAGUGUAACAACAUGACCCUCAUCAACUUGCUACUUAAAGUCCUUGGGCCCACACAUGAGAGAAACCUCACCCUGCUCCUGCUGCUCCUGCAGGUCCUGAGCAGCGCCGCCACCUUCUCCAUCCGUUAUCAACUCGUCCGACUCUUCUAUGAUGUCUGAGCUCCCUGACAACUACCCGUUACCUCACAGUCUCCAUUGGACCUCAGCCAGGGCCAGCCUCUGUCUGGUCCGAGACGGCCUUCUGGUCCAGGCCUCGCUGACACUUUUGUUCUCAGCUUCUGCCAUCUGUGACUACUGACAUCCUGGAUGGACACCUUGGUGGACUUGAAGUCCGCUAGUUGGACUUUGCCUAUGGCUGUCUUCAGCUUGCUACGCCCGCCCUCCCUUUCUGUCCCAUCUGCAGACUCACCAGGUGGGCAUGAAGCCUCUAUUAUGCAAAUAUUCGUAGCUCAACUUUCCGAGUGCUAAUUCUAAAGGAAUUCACUGGACUUUGAGUGAGAACCUGGGCUAGGGCUAGAGUUUGGACAAUAUACUCCAAGGUGACCUCACAUUUGACUAUCAAAUUAAGUGUUCUGAUUAGGAAGCACAGAGGCAGGGCCUUGUGCUCAGAAUGGUGACAAUAAAGGACUGCCUUUUACUU